AAUGCGCGUGCCCUGCUUUUUAUUUCUGGCGAUUCCUGCAAAGAUUGUGGAAGCCUCCGAGGGGUUGAAAAUGAGCCCCCUCCAAGCGCGGGACUUGCGUACUUUGGGAGAAAGAGGGAAGCGAAAGAGACGCCGAGGGAUGAGGUUGAUUUCAGUGAUUCUUUUUAGCCUUGAAAUAACAGGACUUUAUAAACUUGGACAGUUUCCCUCUCAUCUCUGAACAAGCAGAAAGUUCCUGGCCUGUUGCAAGAAACUGUUAUUUCUCGCAACAAUUAAAGGGGCAAGAAAAAUGUUUUUUCCUGGAGUCCUUGCUUAAGCCACUUGUUCCUGUUAAGUUUAUUUGCAGGUAAUUUAGCUUUGGCAACACUUCCAGCAAGAAUGGCCAGUGGAACCACAGUUGUCGCCCCCUCUAAUGAAGCAAACAUAAUCCAAAUGGCCCCUGGAUUGCCCAGUGGUGCUCCUCAACAAGUCCAAGUAAAGGGUCCUUUGGAGAGAUUCUUCAAUGCUGAGCCCAAAGUACUUGGGGCUGUCCAAAUAUUGAUUGGGCUGAUCCAUAUUGGCUUUGGGGCUAUCCUGCUUAGUCUCUUUCCUUCCUACUAUUUUUCCAUCUCUGGAUUUGGAGGUUACCCCUUUUUGGGUGGGAUAUUGUUUAUUUCUUCUGGAUCACUUUGUGUAGCAGCUGCGAACCGUCCAAAUCGUGGUUUGGUGAAAUGCAGUGUAGGAAUGAACAUCACAAGUGCUAUAAUGGCAUUAACUGGUAUCAUGCUCUAUAUAAGUGAGGUGGUCGUCAACGUUUCGGCAUUUGACCCUAGAAUUAUGAUCGGUUUCGGUUGUGGCCUCUCUGUUGUGCUGUUCUUCUUCAGCAUGCUGGAAUUUUGCAUCGCUGUUUCAUUGGCUCAUUUCGGCUGCCAGGCAACUUGCUGUAGUGAUGCCCAGUAAACCAUGGUUUUUGUGCCUUACCAAGUCAUCGGAGAUGGAGAAGUUACAGCUGAACCAAAUCCACCUCCUCCACCCACCAAUUUAUGAUAACGUGGUUACCAAAUCUCAGUAAAACAAGAGCACCAGGAAGGAAAUGUGAGAAGAGUUGCAACAGAGGUUUCAGGAACAGCAAUGCAUUUACUUUAUUUUCUCCAGCUUGCUUGUUUAUUUUUCAAUUACAGCCUUUAAACACCAAAUUAAAUGGUGGCAAAUUUAAAAAUUGUUCGGUUUUACUUAAUAGUUAUAACACUAGAAACAAGAAUUCAUUGGCAUAUUCAUGAGGAAAUACACUCCCUGCAGUGGAUGAUGGAGGCUGUUUAUUACUCUCUUCUUUAUACCUACCCUCUGGAAUCAGCUGCCCCCAGACAUAAGGAGAAUCCAAGACCUCGGUGCCUUCCGCCGUGCCCUUAAAACUUUCUUUUUCCAGCAAGACGGGCUGGCUUAAAAAAAUUUUUUUUUAAAUGUUUUUUAAUUGGUUUGUCACUUUUUAAAUUAUGGGGCCAAAUAGAUAUAUAUUCUUUUAAUUGUUUUUAAUGUUUGUAUUUUAUGUUUCUUAUUUGUGGCUGUACACCGCCCUGAUUCCUCCGGGAGAAGGGUGGUAUAUAAAUUCGAAAUAAAUAAAAUAAAUAAAUAAAUACUACCUGCAUGAGCUAGAAAGAGGACUGUGUAAAUAUGUACAGACUUCUCACAUGCUGGACAUAAACUCUUUCAACUUCUUCCCUCAAGAUGACGCUAUAGGGCAUUGCACACCAAAACAACUAGACACAAAGGUAGUGUCAGGUUUCGGUGUCGUCUCAAAUAAAUUGCAUUUCCAAACAAAUAGUCUUUGAUGAAAUCUUUCAUUUACUAAGCCUGACAAUCUGUCCCCCGACUCCAUUGUAGCCAACACUGACUUCCUGACCCCAAACCUUCCCUUUCCGUUCCCCAAUUCUCUGUGUCUCAUUGGUCAUCUUCCAAAUCACUCUCCCCAUAUCUACUACUUCAGGUCCCAGGAAUGUCCCCCCUCCCAUCCCAUCUCCUAGGGGAUAUUAUCUUCAGGGAAAAUAAGUAGGCGAAAAGUCAAGCGUCUUCUUGCCAGCUGCCCCCUCUUCUCCUCCUUAUGUCAGCACUGGAACGAAUGUAGUUUGGAGUGGUGACAGGUAGUUUUUCCUCCCAUGCCAUCACUCUGCUAAACAACUAAUUCCCACAACACUGUCAAACUACCUAGUAGAGCUCUAUUACUAUUAUCCUGCUCAUCUUUCCUAUUACCUACUGUGUUUCCCUGAAAAUAAGAUCCGGUCUUCUUUUCUUGGCUGUUCCAAAAUAAGCAUUAGGGAACUUCUGGUUGGCGUCGCUGGGACACAGACGGGGAAAUGGCGAGCUCCGCUGAGCCCUGCCAAAUCCCCUCUGCUAAGCUGCCGUCGAUAGGUCUGCGGACCUCCCCUGUCUUGUAGGGACAGGGGAACAAGAAGGAACGCCUUGGGCGGCCGAGAGGAACAGGCAGGUUCCUCGGGGCCGGAGGCUUCUCCUUCACGCCAGCAGCAGCGGGACGGCAGCCAUUGUGGCUGCCCUGAAACUGCGGCAACCGGGAACAAGGAUUGUGCUGGAGGAAGAAGAUGAAGAAAGAGCAAAAAUCAAGAAGCCGGGUGAGUGACACCAACCCAGGCAAUAACGUACCUAUUUAGAAUUAUUGGAAAAUAAGACCCCAAAAUUAAAAGCAGCUGUUGGACUGCGGGGCUUAAAGAUUGAAAAGGAAAAAAAAAUGGGUAAAAGACCCAAAUUGAAUUUUGUUGCAGUAAACUUAAACUGGAUGAUUUGGUAUUAAUAAAUUUCUGAAAUUUGACUGUGCCUUUAACUGGAGUGGAGAGGAGAAAUAGAUAUUCCUGAGAAUUAAUGCCUCUAAAAGAAAAUGAAGCUAAUGAAGAUAGAGAAAUAGCCAUGGAGUCUGCAGUGAUUUAAACAGAGAAGUGGAUUAAAGAGAAUUCCCUUUCUGGGUGGAAAAGAAACAUGUUAAUUGGCUUUUUACCUUGGAUUACUUGAAAUUAAUAUUGGAUAUAAGGAUUUUGGAGAUUCCUACUCUGUCCCAGAUGAUUUUAAGAAAGAAGAAAGAAGAAAGAAAGAACAUUUUGGAUUUUAACAAUGGAGACUGACAAAACUAGGUGUGGCAUAGUUAACAAAGACAGGAAG